AUGGAAGCAUUAAAAAUACAAAAUGUCAACCUGGAAAAAUCUGAAAACAUGGAGAAACACAGGACGGAGGGCUUCAGCAGCUCCAAAGCCCUGGUGGUGCGACGAGGAGCUCCAUUCAGAGUCAGUCUGAAACUGGAGGGCCGAGCAUUCAACCCCAAGACUGACACUCUGAGGAUCAAAGUGAACCUAGGCCGCCUGUAUGUGGUGAUUCCAGUCACUUACUCCACCAAGGUCUCCUCCUCCCGUUGGAGAGCCUACAUCAACUUAGAGAGCCUGAACCUACAAAACCCCUCCAUCUUCAUCUCCUCUCCUGCCACUGCUUCUGUGGGCCGCUACAAAUUUCAGGUGUAUUUGAUCACCAAGGACAGCAAGAAGGCCUGCACGUUCGGCAGAUUCACACUGCUCUGCAAUCCCUGGUGUCCUGAGGAUACUGUGCAUAUUCCCUUUGAGGACCAGAGAGAAGAGUACAUCCAGAACGACUCUGGGCUUCUGUUUAUAGGGACGACUAUGAACGUUGUGUCGAGACCUUGGUCCUUUGAUCAGUUUGAAUCCGGUGUUCUGGAGACAUGUCUGAAUCUGCUCCAAGUCAGCCCUCAACACCAAAAGAACAGAAGGAGGGAUUACUUGAACCGAAACAACCCCGUCUAUAUCGGCCGGGUUGUGUCUGCCAUGAUCAACUGUGAAGACGACCGUGGUGUGCUGAAAGGAAAAUGGGCAGGUGAUUUCAAAGAAGGAGUGAAUCCGUCCUUGUGGACUGGGAGUGGGGACAUCCUGACACAGUGGGCUGAGUCUGGCUACAGACCAGUUAAAUAUGGACAGUGCUGGGUGUACGCAGCUGUCAUGUGCACAGUCAUGAGAGUUCUUGGCAUCCCCUGCCGUGUCGUCACCAACUUCAACUCUGCUCAUGACACCAAUGACAACCUGGUGAUUGAAGAGUUCUACAGUGAAACAGGGCAGAAGCUGAACCGCAGCAAGGACAGCAUAUGGAACUUCCACGUGUGGACGGAGUGCUGGAUGACUCGUCGGGAUCUUGGAUCUGGAAUGGAUGGCUGGCAGGUCCUGGACCCGACCCCCCAGGAGAGAAGUGAAGGAGUGUACUGCUGUGGCCCAGCCCCUGUCAAAGCAAUCAAGGAUAGGCGUAUAGACCUGCUGUAUGACAUCCCUUUUGUCUAUGCGGAGGUGAACGCUGACAUCCACUCGAUCAUAAUGAGCGAGGGUCGGGUGGUCAGCGUCAACAAGGACACAGAGAGAGUGGGAUCCCUCAUCUGCACCAAAGCUGUUGGCUUCCCCAGAUAUCACAACAUCACAGGAGACUACAAAUACAUUAAAAGCCCGACUUCAACACUCUCAUCGAGAAGCUCCAGAAUGUCAGAUGACUCUACAAUAAGAAGAGGCUCGUCCAAGGGGAUGUCAGUCUCCCUCACCCUGGAUAAAGCUCCUGUUGCCGGGGAGCCUGUCUGCUUCACGGUGAAAAUCAUCAACAAGCAGAAGAUCACCAAGAAGAUGAAGAUGCAUCUGAAUGCCCAGGCUAAAGAAUACAACAACAGCCCCUCAGACACCUUCUGGGAAACACACGGGGUCAUACAACUGGCACCCAUGGAGGGCAAGGUUCUUUGCCAGCAGAUCCUCCCAGCCCAGUAUGAGGACGUGGUGGGAGACGACCUGAUCAACCUCGCGGUAGUCGUGGACGACAUGGCCACUCAUGAGCGGGUCCUGGCCUCAGAGGAGAUCAAUAUCGCCACCCCACAGCUCAACAUAAAGAUUGCAGACGAACACUCCAUUGUGCCUAACAAACUGCAGGCUGCCACAGUGACCUUCACCAACCCAUUUUCCCACCCGGUGAGUGGAAUACUGACUGUAGCCGGGGCCGGGCUCAUCCAGGGAAAGGUUCACUUCAGGAUGAACCCACUGAGUCCAGGAGCUAGCGUGGAGCAGUGCAUCACCUUCAUUCCAAACAAGGUGGGAAUGAAGAUGCUGCAGACCAGCCUGUCACUCUCCGUCAACUCCACUAUCAGAGGCUUCAAGAUGGUCUGUGUCAAAAGACACCAUUAG